UACACCACGUACACCGAUGCAUCGGACUACUCUCCCUAGAUGCUAGCUGGCUCGCUAACGGGGCUGUCAGGUCUAAACGCAUCGGCUCUGAAGGGGGAAGCGCCGCUGUGGAGAAGAAGCAGAAGGGGGUACCGAGCGCCGCUACGAAAUGGCCGGCCAACAGUUCCAAUAUGACGACAGCGGCAACACAUUUUUCUAUUUUCUCACGUCCUUCGUCGGACUCAUUGUAAUCCCGGCCACAUAUUACCUCUGGCCGCGGGAUCAGAAUGCUGAACAACUGCGCCUGAAGAGCCUGCGGAGAGUGCAUGGCAGGUGUCUGUGGUACCGCCUCCGGCUGAUGAAAUCUCAGCAGAGCUUCGUUCCAACACUAAAGAAAGCAGCCUUAUUAUUUGGGUGGGCUGUGUUCCUGCUGCUAGCCUACAAAGUGUCUAAGCUGGACAGAGAGUACCAGGAGUACAAUCCUUAUGAAGUCCUCAACCUGGACCCGGGUGCAACUUUGUCAGAAAUCAAGAAGCAGUACCACGCUCUGUCUCUGAAGCACCAUCCCGACAGAGGUGGUGACGAAACCACUUUUAUGACGAUCGCCAAAGCCUAUUCUGCUCUGACCAAUGAGCAGUCUCGGCUGAACUGGGAGCAGUAUGGUAACCCUGACGGUCAAGGAGCCACCAGCUUUGGUAUUGCUCUGCCUGCUUGGAUAGUUGACCAGAAGAAUUCAAUGCUGGUGCUGCUGGUGUAUGGACUGGCCUUUAUGGUGAUCCUCCCUGUAGUAGUGGGGACGUGGUGGUACCGCUCCAUCCGAUACAGUGGCGACCAGAUCCUCAUCAACACCACCCAGUUGUUCAUGCACUUCAUGUACAAGACGCCAAAUAUGAACAUGAAACGUUUAACGAUGGUGCUAACUGCAGCCUUUGAGUUCGACCCUCGCAGCAACAAAGAGGCAACCAUAAGACCCACAGAUAAUGUGGAAGUUCCACAGCUGAUCCGCGAGUUGGGCAACAUCAACGUGAAAAAGAAGGAGCCUCCGUUCUGUUACCCCUACAGUUUGAAGGCUCGGGUAUUGUUGCUAUCCCAUCUUGCGCGCAUGGACGUGUCAGAGGAACUGGAGGAAGAUCAAAGGUUUGUGGUGAGGAAGAGCCCAGCUCUUCUUCAGGAGAUGAUCAAUGUGGGCUGCCAGCUCACCAUGAUGGCCAACAGCAGAGGAGGUUUCCAUGCUCCUCGACUGGUCACCAUCGAGAACUGCAUGAAGCUGACUCAGAUGACGGUGCAAGGCCUGCAGGAGUCCAAGUCGCCGCUGCUGCAGCUUCCUCAUUUUGAGGAGGAGCACCUGCGCUACUGCAUUUCAAAGAAGUAUAAGGUGCGAACUCUACAGGACCUCGUGAGCCUGAAGGACUCAGACAGACGCAGCAUGCUGCGUUUCCUGGGGGAGGAGAAGUACGAUGAGGUCAUGGGUGUCCUGGGCAGUUUUCCUAGCAUCACCAUGGAAACCAAACUACAGGUUCUUGAUGAUGAAGACAGCCAUAACAUCACAGCGGGCUCAAUUGUCACAGUAACUGUCACUUUAACCAGAAAGCGGAUGGCUGAUGUGUUUGAAAAAGAGCAAGAGUCAGCAUCGUGUCAAGGAGAAGAGGGUGCAAACACAGAGGAAGCGCAAGGAGAUGCCAACAAAUCCAAAACCAAAGUGUGGCAAAACAAAAGUAAAGGUGCAAAGAAGACAGCCAAGUCCAAAAGGAAAAAGCUAACAAAGAAGAAGGCCACCCCUGCUCCUGCCAAAACCAAGCAGGCGAAUGGCAGUGUAACAGGAAACGAGCUUACAAAUCCACCAACUACAACGACCUCAACAGCAGCGCCAGCAGGAAAAGAGGAAGAUGAUGACGUCUCGGAUAAAGGCAGCGAGUCAGAUGAGGCCGAAGUCAAUAAAGAUUCUCACAGCGAGAGAGACGAAGAUAGCGACAAACACAGCGACACAGAAGUUGAUGAAAUAGCGGGCGACGACGAAGAGGAGUGGGAGGCCUUGCAGCAAAGCAUCCAGCGGCGAGAGCGAGCGCUGCUGGAAACAAAGUCAAAAGUGACACAUCCAGUCUAUAGCCUCUACUUCCCCGAAGAGAAGCAGGAGUGGUGGUGGCUGUACAUCGCAGACCGCAGAGAUCAGACGCUCGUCUCUAUGCCUUACCAUGUCUGCACACUCAAAGACACAGAAGAGGUGGAAUUAAAGUUUCCAGCUCCGUCUAAAACUGGAAACUACCAGUACUCUGUUAUCCUCCGUUCGGAUUCGUACCUAGGUUUGGACCAGAUCAAGCCUCUGAAGCUGGAGGUCCAUGAGGCCAAAGCCAUGCUCGACAACCACCCACAGUGGGACAUCCCUGACACGGAGGAAGAGGACGAAGAGCAGGAGGACAGCGACGGCAUCGAGGAGAGCGAGGACGAGGACGAAGAUGACUGAAAAGCAGAGCGCGCUCUAAACCCCCCCUCCCUCGGACUGGCCACCCAUUCACUAGUGACGAGAAGUUGUGCCUGCCAAAAUAAAAAAAACAACCCACAAUAAAUCACCUGAGAGAGUUUCUGCACACAUAGCCCUCACCAUCUCACCGUAACAAUGUGACAAACUGUGGCGACUCAAUAAUUUCUCUUUUUUACAGAGACUUGUUCGAUCUUGCUACAAGCAGAAGGCAUUUCUGUCAAUACUAACAGGGCCUGGUUGUGUGAGUGGGUGUAUAAGUGAGUGAGUGUGUGUAAAUAGUGUAUUGUGUGUCUUUGUAAAGGUGCGAGAAAUGGCUACACUGUGGACUGGAGGACCUAUUAUGGUAUGGGCUCUUUUCUUGAGGGAGUGGAUGUGGAAAAGCGGAUUUUUCAAAUUUAGCUAGAAGGAUCUCUGUACGGAGGUCAGCACUCUGGUUUUUAAAUCCCUGAUCCUUAUGUUUAUACGCCGAAUCCAGAGAAGUGAACUUAAGUGUUUUAGGAAAAUUUGGAGUCAACUUUGAAACAUCUCUCCUUUCUGUGAAAAGGGGCAGAGUGCAGUUUUUUUUUUUGUUCCGUUUCCACUGUUCCCCUGACUUUAAACUGCAUACGUAGUUGAACUCCCCGUUUGCUACAGGGAUGAUCUCUAAUCGGUUGUGUUAACAUUUUCAUGUUUUUCCCCUCCUUUCUCCGAAAGACACCUGUGUGUUGACAGCAGGUGGAUUCUGAUAUAAAGUGUGACCUCAGGUGUUCCUGGGGGAGCGCGGAAAAUAUGCAGUGUUAAGAUGUGCUGACUUCAGAGUACUACUUCAUAUAUGCGACAUAAAUACAACCCAUCAAGUCUAAAGGUUUGUAAACUUGUGGUUCUUUAGAGAUGCGAUUUCCUUUGUUUCCCUCCUAUCAGUGAAUUUUAUAUUUUUCCUGUUAUUUGUAGCACAUUCCAAUGUAAACUCAUUGUUCAACAAAGCCUUACAGAUAGAACUGAAGUCCUGCUGCUUAUGAGCUGUUGGGCGGCAGUCACAUGAGAGAGGGAUCACAUCUUUAUUUUAUGUUUUUUGAUUUAAAUUCGACCUUUUUCUGCAGCAAGCUCUGAAGUGCAUAUCGCUCUUUAUGCCACCACAAAUCAAAGUUCAGCUAUUUUGACAGUUUAUUGGGAAUUGUGACUUUGUUGCAGGGAUAUAGUUUUUACCUAUUUAAAGUAACAAGCGGUGUAUAAUUCUUUUUUUUUCUUUUUUGUCCCUUUUUUUUCUUAUUACAUGUAGAAACACUUCAGUUUGUGAUGGAAAUCUGAUAAGUUUUCCCAUUUGUAGGAAUCCAAGGCAAAUAUGACAAAACAAAAAGAAAACCUUUUUUUCUGCAACACAAGUCUUGUUUUUUUUGCAUUUUUACUUUUUUCUUUUUUUAAAUAUAUAAAUCUAUUUGUCAGAUUGGGCAGAUCAGAGCUUCCAUAUGUAUGUGUGGGUUUUCACUCUGUUGAUGACCAGGCAGUUUCAGCUAUUACAAAUAUAUAUAUAUAUAUCUUUCAUAAUUAGUAUCUGAACAUUUUAAGUCAUUUUUUUUGUGUUUGGGAGACAUUACACUUUGACCAGACAACAUGUUUUAAAUAAUGCCCUCCUGUUUUUGACCCUGAGCCCACAUUUAAUUCUGAAUUCUGAUUAUUGUUCUGCAAUCGAAUGUAGCAUCAGCAAUUCAUGACAAAACCCAGAGGUUUUUCAGGAGGUUAGAAACCUUUUCCAAGCGAUGGGCCUUCAGGCCACUUCAGUUCAGAGAAGCACCCAAAUGAAUCUGCCACUUUUGUUUACAAAGGAACUGUCAUUGUAAAUGGAAAAAAUAUAUAUAUAUAUAUAUUAUUUGUAUUUAAAAUCAUUUCAAAUAAAAACUCUCAAAUGAAGUGGCUUGUUUUGACUCUGGAUAGGUUUGCAAUAAAUGUUGUUAAAGUGA